AUGAAGGCUCUUCGUCAGUUCAAGCAGGAAGGCAAGGCGGAAGUUGAUGAAAAGCGCAGCAAUGCCAUGCAUCCCAUCCUGAUCGCACUGCGCUAUGCGGCAGAGAAGUCCUUGUCCUACUUCUUGGAUCCCGCCAAAAUGAAGGAGGAUUUGGAGAUUCUGAAGCAGAGCAACGAGGAUUUCUCGAAGUACUUCGAGGAGGCCGAUGGAAUCGACGCUGUGUACGAGCGUGUGUUCUCCUUGAAGUAUGUGAAGAAUGACUACCGCCUGCUGCUGGAGGCUGCGGCGAUGACCGAUGAGGAGAAAAUCUUCAAGAAACUGGUGGAGACGCUGAAGGGCCAAAGCCUGGAUAUCGAUAAGCUGGUGCAUAGAAGCAAGUUCUACCCGUCGCUGAUCGAGUUCUGUCUCUCGCAUCGCUGCUACGUUGUGGGUCAGUAUCUGCUGAAGACCUUCUCGUUCCGCGAGAAGGAAGUGACCGAGGCCUUCUGUAGCCUUUCCCAGACGGUGACCAAUCUUCAUGUGGAUAUUACGUCGGUGAGAACAGGCCACAGCCUUACGGUGUGCAUGGGAUGGAAUUCCAGAGGCUCGAGCUCGAGUGAUAAUGGCAUGAUGACUUCUCUGUACAUCUACAAGAGCUUCAUGCAGCUGAUCCAGCUCAUUCCCAAGGAGUUCAAAGACAAGGUCUUGGACAAGAUGAUGUCGCAGGUCCUGACAAUUAAUCGCCCUGCCUUGGUUGAAAAGCUCGUCAAGGAAAUCCCUGUGCAGCUGCAGCAGUUCGAUGAUAUCGUGAAGAGCGUGAUUGCCUCGAACAAUGACACGGCGCUGGGUCUGCUGAUCGAUUGCAUGGGACUGAAGGAGAAGCUGAUGAAGGAGAACCCCAACGGAUACACGAUUGUGGAGCUGGUGAUGACGAAGUACAUCGAGGAUAUCAUCAAGAACCAGAGAAAUAACAAGAAAGAGCGCGAGGAUGAGGAGGAGCGAAAGGAGCACACGAAGCUUGUGGAGGACGAGUUCAUGAAGAAGACCCAGAUGCAGGAGCUUGUUGAUUUGUAUCGCUUGAUGAAGAACGGAACGGGCUCCAGCGCGAAGAUGCUGCAGCUCGUGUUGGAAGCGAGCAAUGGACAGCAGCGCGAGUUGACGACUCUGGAGGAAGUGCAGGAUCGUGUGAAGAGAGAUUCCGCCGAUAUUGCGGAGAAUGAUCUUGGUAAGAGACGACGUUGCCUGGGAAGAAUGGGCAAUUUCAAUGUGAACUAUGUUAACAAUGGACGUAUAUCCAUGUUGAGCGGCAUGCCGAAGGCCGAACUCAAGAAAGAAUAGAGAAGUCGUGAUGAAUCAGUAAAUCCGUAAAUGUAUAU